GAGGGAGAACAUGAACAGAGCAAGCGAUCGCGAGUGGACCCUGGUACAGUGAUAGCAGCAACCCAGCUGACCUUGGGCACUCUUACAAAACUGCUUGACACGAUAGCGUCGGUCGGCCGCAAGAUUGCCAUCGGUUUUGAUAAUGAAACACCUUACAAAUGGCAGGCUCUGAAUACAUACUUUUACUCUGGUACAUCUGAUACAGUUUUACCCAAGUUCGUGUAGAGAUAAGAGGCGGGUCUUUAUACUGCAAGGAAGACGAAAGGCCCUGUAGCUAGAGGAAGCGUAGGUGUGUUUACCUACUACGUGCCAAGUGUCGGCAAGACCAUUGCAGUCAUGUUCAGCGUACCAUUCGACUAUCAUUGGUAUAGCAACUGGUGGGAUGUCAAGGUCUACCCUGGUAAGAAGAGAGCUGAUUAUAAUAUGUGGUAUGACAUGUACUACGGAAAUCCCUUUAAAGGAGAUGAUGGAUGGCAUGACAAAGCGUUAGGUGGAGGAUUCCGCGUAGAAGGAAUAAUGACAAGCGCAGGAGAGAGUAAAAUGAAACUAGAUAUCUAUAAGUGA